AUGUACAUGAAGGCAACCACAAAGUACUGGAAAUUCCUGUCCUUCAUCUUUGCCGUCCAGGAGAUCAACCAGGAUCCCCGGCUCUUACCCAACCUCACCCUGGGCUACAACAUUCAUGACAAUUAUUUUGAUGCAAGAACAACAUCUGAAGCUUUGCUGGAUCUGCUCUCUCCUGGGCAGGCAAAUGUCCCAAACUACAAGUGUGGAGGAAAACAGAAUAACCUCUUAGCUAUCCUUGAAGGGGCCGAAACAGACAUCUCCGUCCAGAUUUCCACCAUGGUGGGCAACUACAAAGUCCCCCAGGUCAGUUACUCUUUUGUUUCCCGUGUUCUGGACGAUAAAAUGCAGUUCCCCUUUUUCUACACGGUGGUCCCCAAAGAAGGCAUCCAGUACGUGGGGAUCCUCAAACUGCUCCUGCGUUUCCAAUGGACAUCAGUAGGUCUCUUUGCUCCAGACACUGACAAUGGGGAGCGUUUCACAGGAACAUUGCUUCACCCUUUCUUGCAAGGCUCUCGCUUUUCCAACACUUCCAUAGAUGGAAUAUAUUUGGAGGAGAAUGGGGAACUAGCAGCUGACUUGGACAUUGUGAAUUGGGUGAAGUUUCCUAAUGAUUCUGUCUUCAGCGUGAAGUUUGGGAGCAUAGCAAGGCGGGGCUCCUUGGAGCCCAAAUUCAACAUUGAUGAAGAAGCCAUGGAGUGGCUCAAAUGGCUCAACCAGAGCCUGCCUCCUUCCAGAUGUGUGGAAAGAUGCCAUCCUGGAUUCCUCAAGGUGGCUCAGCGAGGACGGCCAGUGUGCUGCUACGAUUGCGUUCCUUGUGCCAAGGGGACCAUCUCCACUGAGGAAGAUGCAGCCCAUUGCACCAGAUGUUUGGAAGAUCAGCAUCCCAAUGAACAGCGAGAUCACUGUCUUCCAAAGGACAUAACCUUCUUGUCAUUUGAGGAGUAUCUGGGGAGCAUCCUGGCUUCCUUUGCUCUAUUUUUGUCAUCAGUCACAGCCUUUGUGUCAGGCAUUUUCAUUCGGUACCACAAAACUCCAAUAGUCAAAGCCAACAACCAGGAUCUCUCCUACAUGCUCCUCACCUCACUCCUCCUGUCAUUUCUCACCAGCUUCCUCUUCAUUGGCCAGCCAAGGACAGCCACCUGCCUUCUCCGCCAAGCAGCCUUCAGCAUCGUUUUCUCAGUGGCCGUCUCUUGUCUCUUGGCCAAAACCAUCAUGGUGGUGCUGGCCUUCUUGGCCACCAAGCCAGGCAGUAGCGUGAGGAGAUGGCUGGGGAAGGCUCUGGCCAAUGCUGUUGUGCUUGCUUGCUCUGCUGUCCAAGUUGUGAUUUGCUCCAUCUGGCUGGGAAUCUUUCCCCCCUUCCCCGACUCAGACAAGCACUCCCACCCUGAAGAGAUUGUCCUGCAGUGCAACGAAGGCUCAGUCGCCAUGUUCUACGCUGCCCUCGGCUACAUGGGCUUCCUGGCAGCCGUCUGCUUGGCGGUGGCUUUCCUGGCGCGGCGGCUGCCUGGGGCCUUCAACGAAGCUAAGCUGAUCACCUUCAGCAUGCUGGUCUUCUGCAGCGUUUGGGUCUCCUUCGUGCCCACCUACCUGAGCACCAAGGGCAAAUACAUGGUGGCCGUGCAGGUCUUCUCCAUCUUGGCCUCCAGUGCUGGGCUGCUGAGCUGCCUCUUUCUCCCCAAGUGCUACAUCAUUUUGCUCAGGCCUGAGCUGAAUACAAAGGAGCAGCUAACCACAAGACUGGAACUAUAG